AUGAAUCCGCCCGAGGACGCGCCCACUGCGAUCCGGGGCAACUUCAUCCCCGUCUCUGGCCCCUCCAUUCGCCCUGCUUCGCCUACCUGCCGUCGUCGUCCUGACUUCGGCCUCCAUGUCCAUCUGAACAUCACCGACCCACAGAUGGAGCAGCUUGCCUCCUCCCUUCCCGGCUACGAGUCGCCUGGAAAGAGAUCUCGCGAUCCCCACAACGCUUCAUCUGCGAGCGAUACGAUCCAGAUUGGCAUAUCGCCCCGCCGCAGCAACACAGGUAGCCGAGGGUCCCAUGAGAGAGACGGGGCCAGGGCCAGGGCCAGGGCCAGGGACAUUUCACCUACGCGGGCACAACCUUCUGCCAGUAAUAGCCACCGUAGCCGUCGCCGGGCGCCCAUGGCCGAUGUCGUCGACGCGUCCUUCUCGUCUACGGACCAACCUUCUCGCUCUCGCUCCCCGGGCAAGCGGUCUGAAUCUCGGCGCAGGGCUCCAGCCCUGACAUCCGACCUGGUCGAUGAUGACUCCUACAUAGCUGACCGCGUGGGAAAGCUUCGCCCACCCCCGAUCGAUGUCGAGACAGCCCGUCAAUAUGGGCCCCUGUCGAAUAAGGCCGUCGUUGUCCAAGGGCGACCUCAUACGCACUCUCUCUGUGCCGUCGUCAACCCGCCUGUUACCCCCCCUCUCCGGCGCAUGCCCAAGUUGACAAGCCCUCGCCGCGAACCCAGCAGUGUCUCGCCCACUUCCUCAUACUACUCCGAAGACGAACUGGGGCAGGCCCGCCCCUCCUACAUCAGUCCUCUUCGGGUGCGCGAGGAUCUUGACGCUGACCUCAGUGUUCCACGAUGCCACGACGUCCGGACUCGAAGUCCGUAUCCUAACCGUGCCAAGCACGAUGCUUCUCCAGCCCGCCUCAUCUCCCCCAACCGCGGCUUGCAGAAGACUGCCACCACCGGCGACCUGCACGAGCUUCGAUCCGACGAAACCUUCCCGCAGCGCACCUACUCUCCACUGUCUGAUUACCUGUCAGUCCAAGCCAAACCCAUACGCAAGCAGCUUGUCGGAGCCCAUGGCUGGCUAGAGCGCACAUCAGGCGCCCCCGGAAAGCAGCACAGUUCUGACCAGGGGCCAAUAGACAAGGCCCCUACUCAGAAAAAGGGGGGUUUUCUCGAUAGUCUCAGAAAAAUGGCCAAGGAAAUGACUACCUCUGCCAAGGAUAUCACGUCUUCGGCCUCCCGGAAGCCUCGUGAAAGGGACAACCGAGGCACCCGGCUCACGGUCUCCCUGGAUCCACGGGAGCAGAGCCUGCUCUACUGCGAGCUGGAAUUCCUGCUGACUACCGCCCUUGACGGGUACAUCAGUAGCCAGUUCAACGCGGGCCGCCUCGACGCCGACAAGUACAAAAAGAUCGUGGACGGCUGGCAGCAGCGUGGACGACCAAAGGUGAUCGGCUUCCGCUACGACCUCGAGACUCAGCUCGAUCUGAUCCUCCUGCACAGCGAGGACUUCCGCUUCUACGGCAAGCGCGCAGGGCUCAUCGCGGCGGUAAACGGUGUGCUAGACAUGAUGCGUGUUGACGCUCGCGCAAUGCGCAUCCGCACAUUCUGUCAGCCCGAUACCGUGAUCGCAAAGCAGCUCUUGGACUCCCAGUCUCUGUUCAAUCUAGUCGGAUGCUGUGAGCAGCAACAGAUCCAACUAGCCGAGGUCAUCCAGUUCUUCAAGGUCGUCUUGGAGCGGGAACAGAGCUUUCGACUGCGCCAGAACGAGGGCGGUACGAGCGAGGCCCGCGGGAGUGGCGGAUCGGGUACUGCUUCUCAUUACGAACAGAGGCAAUUUCAUGACCAAGAAAUUGAACAAUGA